UGUCCGCGUCAACUCAGCCUUGCAAUUCGAAAAUUCGAAACGGGGGUAGCGAAUCAGUAGUCAGUUUGGAAGACCGAGCUUGUCCAGUUCUCAGCGACAAAGAGGAGCGUAAAAGGCGAUAUAGCUAGUUAACCAGAACACUUUCCUUCCCUUGAAACGGAGCAGAUUCCCGACGCCAAGAGCAAUUACUAAGAUACUUGUGGCUCAACAAUAAUGGUUCUCCAGUGGGAAGCUGGGCUGGGUUGGGGCCAAUUCCGCUGGCUGCAGUAACUUUGUAGGCCAGAGCGAGGACGUUGCCUGGGGCCAUGACGUAGCCGCGGAUUAGCCGCACCAGGCGCAUCAUCGACCUUUCUGUCCGCUUCGAACUUCAUCUAGAUGCUACAACUCGAUUCGUUGGCCCCCGGUUGCAGUUCUCCAACAGGUUCGAAUUGGGCCUGAAUCCACCUUUCUCCGCAGUGUUGACACCAUCAUACAUCUGCUUCCAUUGAUAUCUCUUGGCCAUGACUGUAUUCCACUUAUCACUGUUAUCAGCCCACCCCACUCCUCUUGCCACGGCUGCCCGGUUUUUAACCUCGAGUCCUUUUAUUUAUAAGCUCUACUUCGCCAGAUGAUCUGGGAAGUUUAUAUCCAUUAGCCUCUAGCUUUAUUUAAUCCUAGAUAACCUUGCUGGAAUUAUCAUCUAUUCGACAGCACCCUACCUAGCUCUUCUUACGCUAUUUGCUCAGAUCCCUCCCCCGCCAUGGCGUCCAAUGAUGUCGGGUCCCCCGACAGGACAGCUGUUGAUGGCACCCCCCCUACCGACGUGAGACGCCUUCCGAAUCACGUUGGAAAUAAUGAUGCCGAACUUGUGUCCAAUCUACUGAAUGAGAAGCCUGCAAGGUUUCCCGAGAGCCCAACAGAAGCUGCUAAAGGCGUAAAGUCCGGGGCGGACCUCCUACGUCGUUUAAGCCUGAUUGAUUCUUCAAAACCUUCAGCGCCGUCAAUAGAACCCCAAGAGGGACAUCCGGGUCUACAUUUGACGGGUAGAAUCAUCAGUGCCGCAUUUUGUAUUCCGUACAAACUCAGAAUACGCCCUGGUCAUGAUUGGGAACUCAAACACCGACCAGGAACCUCAGCCUUGUUUGAUUCAUUCUGCUACCUCGCCUCUUCAAAAACGCCAUGGAAUCACACCAUGGUAGGAUGGACGGGUGAAAUCGAACAAAUUCACGGCCCAGAAACCCGGCAUGCGACUCCUCCUGGACAGCCACUUCCCGCUGACACUACCCCUACCCCUCUAAAUAAAGCAUCCGCCCCUGUCCCAAUCGAUCCCUCCGAAAAACCGAGCUAUGCCGUUCAAGAUGGAAUAUGCGUAACAGAACAGGAUCGCAUUCGCCUUCAAGAUCAACUUCGCAAUAGCAAAUUCGGAAGGGUUCUCCCCAUUUGGUUAACUGACGAACAAGAAUACCCCGAUCAAAACCUGUAUCUGAAAGACCAGGGGAGAUGGAGGCGUUAUCCUGAGAGAGAGCUAUAUCCUGAUCUCCAUUACAAACAACGCGCCACGACCGAUGGCUGGUCUGAGCGGAAAUGGUGGGCAGACUACGUGAGACUCAACCAACUUUUCGCAGAUCGCAUUCUGGAGACCUACACUCCCGGUGAUAUAAUUUGGAUCCACGACUACCAUUUGUUCCUUCUUCCAAGCAUUCUACGUCAAAUGGUUCCCAACAUCUACAUUGGCUUUUUCCUUCACACGCCGUUUCCGAGCAGCGAGUUUAUGAGAUGUCUUUCCAAAAGGAAAGAUAUACUGACUGGCGUUCUGGGUGCAAACAUGAUAGGUUUCCAGAUAUUUUCGUACUCUCGUCACUUUGCUUCUUGCUGCACAAGAAUCUUGGGUUUUGAUUCAAAUUAUGCAGGCAUUGAUGCGUACGGAGCUCAUGUUGCCGUUGAUGUUUUCCCCAUCGGGAUUGACGUAGAUGGAGUACGGAAGCUGGCCUACGACGAACCAGGCAUUUCUGACAUCGUUAGCAGCAUCAAAAAACAGUACCACGGAAAGAGAAUUAUUAUUGGAAGAGACAGGUUAGAUUCUGUACGCGGGGUGACGCAAAAAUUGAUGGCUUUUGAAACAUUUCUUGAACGGUACCCUCAGUGGCGCAACAAAGUUGUUUUGAUACAGGUAACGAGCCCGACAAGCGUGGAAGAGGAGAAGGAGGAAUCCGAAGCAAAGAUUUCAAGUCAAAUGUCACAUCUUGUUUCCACUAUCAACGGCAGAUUCGGAUCGCUUAGCUUCUCCCCUGUUCAGCAUUAUUCUCAGUAUCUCGUGCCACAGGAAUAUUUUGCCCUUUUACGAGCUGCAGACAUUGGUCUAAUCACCAGUGUCCGUGACGGCAUGAACACGACCAGCCUAGAAUACGUCGUCUGCCAGCACGAAAAUCACGGCCCGUUAAUUCUUUCUGAAUUCUCCGGCACAGCAGCCAGUCUAAGUAGCGCUAUCCAUAUCAACCCUUGGGAUCUGGGAGGCGUAGCCGACGCCAUUAAUCAAGCACUGUUGAUGACACCAGAGGAACGAGAAGCUCAACACAAGCAGCUCUAUAAACACGUUACAACGCACACAAUCACCACAUGGUCCGACAAAUACCUCAAACGCCUCCUAACCAACCUUUCCUCCUUCGAUCAGUCCAUUGCUACCCCAGCCCUUGAUAAAGCCAAGCUUCUUUCACAGUAUCGAAAAUCUCGCAGACGCUUGUUUAUGUUUGACUACGAUGGCACCUUAACGCCUAUUGUGAAGGAUCCUCAGGCUGCAAUCCCAUCGGAUCGUGUACUCCGUACGAUCAAAACCCUUGCUGCCGAUCCGAAGAAUUCCGUUUGGAUUAUUAGUGGUCGGGACCAAGCCUUCCUCGAUGAGUGGAUGGGCCAUAUCUCCGAACUUGGCUUGAGUGCCGAGCACGGGUGUUUCAUCCGGCAACCCCGAAGCGAUGAUUGGGAGAACCUGACUGAAAAGUCCAACAUGGGAUGGCAGAAAGAAGUGCUUGAGAUUUUCCAACACUACACCGAACGCACGCAAGGCUCCUUCAUCGAGCGAAAGAGGGUCGCUUUAACUUGGCAUUAUCGUCGAGCUGAUCCAGAGUACGGCACCUUCCAGGCCACAGAAUGCAGGAAACACCUUGAAAAUACUGUGGUGAAACGCUGGCCGGUCGAGGUCUUAUCUGGCAAAGCAAAUCUAGAGGUCCGGCCGACAUUUGUCAACAAAGGAUCCAUCGCGAGUCGUCUGGUAGAAGAAUAUAAAUACGGGCUAGGGCAGGAUCCGGAUUUCGUUUUGUGUCUGGGUGACGAUUUUACUGAUGAAGAUAUGUUCCGUGCGCUCGUAAACAGUAACCUCCCGCGGGACCGGGUUUUCUCGGUCACUGUAGGUGCCAGUUCGAAACAGACACUUGCAAGUUGGCACUUACUGGAACCGGCAGAUGUCAUCGCUACAAUCGCCAUGUUGAAUAGCAAAACAAACUGCUAGCGACCCAGGCAGUGUGGCGGCGGAAGUGCCCUGCCAACACACAAAGGAUAGCCGCGGCGUUUCAGCCGGGAUCCAAAAGACGGUUCGCACGUAUGAUAUUCUAAUUGUGUCAGGACCAAGACUUUGCUUAUGUUUACCUUUUCGAUCUUCCAUGUGUGGUAUUUGGGCAUUUGCGUAUUUUUUGUCAGGGAGUUAUGUUCUCCCCAAUGUUUUCAGCUUCAGUUUGAAGCGUCGCACGAUCCUACAGGUAGAUGAGGCAUUGAGUGCAUGGGUUCCUUGGAUCAGAUGCUUUCUCAUGCAUUCUCCACUUACCCAUCACACACCUGUGAACAUCACACCUACUUUCAGAUCUCAAGUUUCAAAAAGUCCGUCUUUGUUUUGGACUUCAUGUUUUGAAAGCUCUUGCGGAUUUUUUGUGUCUGUCUGCCAUUCGGGCUGCCGUUUUUUGACACUUUUUUAAUACGCAAAAGUACUUAGAAAAGGCAUGGAGGAAUGUACUUGCGUAUAUCUCUUAAUUAGUAGGGACCAAGGAGUGGAGGUGGGAAAAUAAAAGGAACCCAUGAGGUGCGAAUGGGGGACAGUGGCACUUUGAUAACUAUAUCACAUCACUCCAAACGAGGCAAUUAAGUCGUCUGUCCUCAAUAUUCUCUCAGUCAAAUCUAUGUAGCUAAUAGUAUCUAACUACCCCACUCCGGCAGUCAAUAAGGAAAAAAUGUAAACAUAACCAGUCAUCAACGGAAAGAAUGAUAUCUCGAACCAUGUCAUGUUACAUACAUACACAUAUAUAUAUAUAUAUAUACCCACGGCCCCACUCGCUCCCUAUCUCAGAGCCUCAACCCCAAAAAUACCGUGCCUUCAAUCGCCGUCUCAUAAUACUUCUCAACCACCCCAAAGCCCAUACCCCUAUACAUCGCAAUCGCCUCGCGCAUAUCCGGCAGCGUAUCAAGUCUUACCUCUUCAUAUCCGAUCUGACGGGCAACGGCAAGCAUGGCGUUUACCAGCGCCUUGCCCACCCCAAGCCCCCGUGCCGCCGGCGUGACAUAUAACCGCUUCAGCUCGCAGUAUUUAGAGCCGGGUUUAGUAUCAAUAUUGGCCGGAGCCUUACCGUCGUCAUCGGCGUUGCUGCUGACAGGGUCAGGAUGAGUGUGUGACCGGGAGGCCGCACGGUUGGCUUGCGCCUGUAGCGGCACUUUUUCACAGCCACUGUUCAUAUCCUUGUGCAUGUGUACAUGGGAGUUCGCGGAGUGCGAUGCAGCCCAGCACAACAUGCGGCGUGUGGUCAUCUUGGGCCUGGGCUUCAUUAUCUUUCUUCUUCUUCUCAUUAUUGUCCCUACAGCGAUAAGUAAUUCUCCGGACGGCGGUGCAUAGCUGCCGGGCAUGCGGGCCAUUUUCCGACUCGAAGUCUUGAUAGGAGAGAUCAACGCCCAGACCCGCCGGAGGGAGUUGUAAAAGUGUUCCGACUGGAGGAGAACUGCGUCGUUUUCAAAGCCGAUUGUAUAAGUAUACAACGGCUCCUCUGGCCCUAGUUUAGGUCGGCACGGUAGAGUUUGUAGAGGCACCGGAGGAGCGCCGGGAACUCGUAUAGCUUCGGGCAUAAAGGGGCUUUUUUCUCCACUUGGUCAAGAGCUAGGUUCGGGACACUUGGAGUAAGCAUGAGUAGGAUAGAUGAGUAUCAGAUAGUUUUGCUUUUCUGUGUGGAUACGGUAGCUGUAAGGCUGUAGCUGUGCAGUGUUCUGCUAGCGGCAACGAAGGGAUUCGCGGUGAUAUUUAUUCGAGUUGGAGGUGUAGUUAACUUAUGUAUAGUGGUUGCGGUUUACACCAUUAACCGUCCGUCUUUGCAUCAAGCUGCGGUGACUGAGAAAGUUUGCCCAAUUAUUUAUUUUAUCACUGUUAAAACUUGAACAUGGUGAUAAAAUGGCAUAUGCUGAGGAUUAGCAGUACAGAGUAACUACUAAGAACACUCUUUUUUAUUAGAGAAUAUAGAUUAUAUUUUAUGCAAUUGAUGAGGUCGACUUUUCUGAUUCCUGUG